AGAGUUGUAUUUAGAGUCAGAGUCGGUCCGACUCAAACUUUUUGGAGGAAAAAACUUCGGCUCCGGACUCCGGAGUGGCACAAGAGCGGAGUUGGAGCAAAACUGGAUUUGGAGUCAGAUUUUGGAAUUUUUUAUCAGCUCUAUAAGGAAAAAAAAAAAAAAAAAUCUAGAUAUAAGCCCGCACCCUACCUAAAAACAUAUCAUUUUACUUGGAGAAGCGUACGAAAACCCUUUAUUCUUUUUCAAACUUGGAGACAAUCCAUAGCUCGGAGAUCCAAACGCAGCGCGUUACCGAGGGAGAGCAGUGUGCGACGGCGGCUCUGGGGGCUGGGAGUGAUCGGCGACGUGACUAGGGGAUCCCUGAGGGGGUGGGUUCAACGGGGUUGAGAAGGCCGGCGUUUUCUGGCGCCGAGGGUAGGGCUCCGACGUCCGAGGGUGGUCGGUGAUGACUGGGCAGCAAAGGCUUAAGCGGAAAAGAAAGCAUGGCAACCAAUAGGGUUCAAGGUGGAAUUCAACAGUUGCUGACUGCAGAACAAGAAGCUCAACACAUAGUCAACUCUGCCAAAAGUGCAAAAACGGCUAGACUAAAACAAGCCCAAGAAGAGGCUGAAAAGGAGAGAGCUGAAUAUAGGUCCCAAACGGAGCUUGAGUUCCAGGGGAAAGUUGCACAGAGCAGUGGAGAUUCAGGUGCAAAUGUUAAGCGGCUCGAGCAAGAGACAGAGGCGAAGAUUUAUCACUUGAAAUUAGAAGCUUCAAGGAUAUCACAAGACGUUGUUAAAAUGCUUCUGAAGCAUGUAACAACUGUGAAAAAAUAGGUCUGUAGGUGGUAAAGGUGAUAUUGCAAACUCCUAAAUCUUGUUAAUUGUUUACUGGUUUUACUGUGUUUGUGGGUAGGAUUCCUGAAUCCUGUCGUUUUGAAAAAAGUGAAUAAAUAUAAGAUCUACGUGAAAAGAAAUUAAUUUUUUAAUAAUAGACUUCACUCUUUUUCAAAAUGACUGUACAGUAUUUAUGCAUUUUAUGACUGUAUAUAACUUUCCUCUAUAUGUACAUAAAGUGCUGUCAAACACAUCUGUACGUCUU